AUGCACCGAGGCAGGUACGGGGACCCGUCUGUGGGCGUCCUAACCCCGCACCUGCCAACGGGGCCUCAGCGGGACACAAGGACAAAAGGAAGCGACUACCGGCAGCACAGCAGACAGACAGGCAGAGACCCCCCACACACCUGCCAGCGGAGGCGGGGCGGGCACUCGACCAAGGCCUGGGACAACCUGAGCAGGCUCCGCGACGGCGGGACCGAGUGCGGAGCCACAGCCGAGCGGGGCCCAGGGCGUGCGCGGGGCCCUGCGAGGCGGGGAGAGCGGCCGAGGUCCGAGAGCGAACGCGGCGGCGACGCACAGAAACGCUCGCAGCCGCGCGGCACGCAAAUACGCCCGCGACAGCCUCGGCGAGGGGCGGCACUGAGCCGGCCCCGCACCGGACUGAAGCUCCAGACCCCACGGCGCGCGCUCACCCUCGCACCUGGCGACGGCUCCCGCGACCCCCGGUCCCGUCCCCGCCAGGGCUCCCGGGGCGCGGCCAGAGGCCCCAAAGUUCGCCGUCCCGAGAAUCGGAUGCAGGGGCCGGUCCCACGCGCGGCGGGAGCGCACAGGUGUCGGCGCCCCGCCGCGCUCCCCUGGAACAAUGCGGGGAACAGCGUCGCGCGAGCUGCCGAGGCUGUGGUGCGGGGGCACGGCCGGGGAAGCCGCCGAGCACCGCAAACUUUCUUUUGUUUCUAUUUCUGCGCUGCGCGCAGCCGGCCGCUCCCUGUGCCCGGCCCGGCGCCGGGACCCUGGGAGCCGGCCCCGCCGCGCGCGGGGAGCCCCUCGCCACCGGGACGGGGCUGUCGGAGCCGGCCGCGCCGCCCGGGGUCUCGGACGCGUCGGUUCGCCAGGAACAAAGACGCGGCCCGCAGGGGAGCGGACUCGGGGCCGGCGCCGGCUCCCGGGGAGACAAUGACCCGGCCGCGGGGCGCCCCCGCCUGCAGCGCCCGCUCCGGGCAAAGUCGGCGCGGACGCGUCCGGGCGCGGCGCGGGCGGGGGGCUCCGGACGCCCCCGGCCGCCUCCCGGCGCCGGGCGUUGACGCAGCAGAAAUUCCCAGCCGGAAAAUUCCCCGCGCCCAGGGCACGGGGGAGGGACCGCGGCCGCGCGGGAGGUGCCGUGGCCGGGGCCCCCCGCCGCCGCCGCCGCCGCCCCGCCCCGCGCCUCCGGGGCUGGGCGACGGGGCCGGGCCGGGGUCGCGGCAGCCGCCUCCCGGAGGGCGCCCUCCAGGGCCGGGGCGGGGGCGCGCCCGGUGGGCGGCGGCCCCGGCCCCUCCGGCCGCGCCGCGGGCCGCGCGGACAAUGAGCGGCGCCGCUUACCUGGGACCCCAUGGGGCGCGGGCAGCGAGCGCCGCGGCCGCCGCACCGGCGCGGGGGUGGCCGCGGCCGCUGGGCGAGCGCUGCGUCCGGCGGGUCCGAGCUGCGCCGCGCCUCGCCGCCCCCGCGCGUCCGUCCGUCCGUCCGUCAGGCCGGCGCGCGCCCCCGCGCCCGCUCCAACCCCGGCCCCGCGCGCGCGCCCCGCCCGCGGACCCCGACCCCGCCCCCGGCGCGCGCCCGGCCGCCGCUGAUUGGCCCGCGCCGCCCCCGGCCGCGGCCGCCGCCCCGGCCCCGCCCCCGCGGCCCGGCUCGGCGCGGCGAGUGCGGGAGGGGCCGCGCGGCGGCGGCGGCGGCGCUCGCCCCCCCGGCCGGACAGCGGAAGUGCGGGCCGCGCUCGCGGCGCAUUGUGGGAAGCCCCCCUCCCCCGGCCGGCGCGCGGUGCCGCGGGCGGUGGUCCGGGCUGCACGCUCCGGGUGGCGGGGCGCCCCGACGGGAGGGGCAUCGGCCGGACCCUCCACGCGCGGCGCCGCGCCCACUGCCUCCCGCCGACGGCCCCGCGCCCGCAGCGCCGAUUUGCUGUGCGCGCCCCGCAAACUUCGCCACUUCGCGUCUAGCCCGGGACGCGCUGCGCGGGCGCCCGUGCCGUCGGGCCGGGGCGCUGGGCUGAGCGGCGCCUGCUGGGCGGGCGGCGCGGCCGUGAGGGGCUCGGGCCGGGCGGGUCCGCGCUCCCGGCUGCUCCUCGCCCGCCCGAGGGAGGGGAGCGCGCAGUCGGCCCAGCGACCUGGGGGUCCCUGUGCUGGGGAGGCGUUCGUGGCCCCGGGGGGAGGCGGCGAGGUCACCAAAACUGCACCGCCCGGGCUUCCUUUCUCCCCUGCGGUGCGCACCUCUCCCCAGAGCAGCCUUCCAGCUGACCUGGGGGAGGAGGGGGCUGGGCCCUGGACCCCUGGACCCCGCCGCCGCCUUCGGCUGUCCGACUGGCUGCCAUCACAAGGCCCGGGGGCCGUGCUGACCAGCACUGGCCGCACCACCAGCCACCUUGGGGGGCGGGUCCCCCGCUUCCCCGGCUGUCUGAGCCUGAGGACUUCCCAGAGCCGGAGCCCAGGAAUCUUCGUGGGCGUCACCGUCAUGCAGAACCCAGCGCCGGUGUGGGAGGGGCUGCGGUGA